GGGGGGUGCCGGGUUUUUUUGGGGGGGGGGGGGGUCCAUGGGGAGCGUCUGGAAGCGGCUGCAGCGCGCGGGGAAACGCGCGGCCAAAGUUCGCUUCGAGGCGACCCUGGAGGAGCUGCUGGUGGAGGGGGGGGGCAGCUGGACCCCCGACAGACUGACGGUGGUGUGGAGCCGGCGGCACCGCAGGGUCUGCUCCAAGCCCCGCAGGUGGCAGCCCGGCAUCCAGAACCCGCAGCGGGGGAUGGUGGUGUGGGUGGUCCCCGAGACCCUCGAGGUGGUGGUGACGCUGUACCGGGACCCCCAGGCCACCGCCUUCGAUGACAAAUCCUGGAACUUCCUCGUGGUGAACGAGUCGCGGGGGCGGCGCUCGGUGGUGGCCGCGGCCCCGCUGGAGCUGGGGCGCCUGGCGGGGCUCGGGGACACCCCGAUGUCCCUGGCCCUGCGCCCCAGGACGCGCAAGGUGACGGCGGCGACGCUGCGGCUGCGGCUGCGCGGCCUCGUCCUGAUGGAGGGACACCCCACGGACGAGGACAUGCAGAGUGUCACCAGCCUGAGCCCCCCCGGGGACGUGGCCGACCUGGGGGACUUCGAGAGUGACCCCGAGGACGAGGGGGGGCCGCACAGGGUGGGGGGCGCCCCCCCUGCCCCCCGAGCGCCCCCCCCCAGGGGUGACCCCCCCACCUUGGGGACACAGAGGCACCCCCCGGAGCCAGGGGGGGACUCGGAGCCCCCCCCCAAAAUCACCGCGGGCCCCCCCGGGGGUCGCGGGGCGCUCCUGGCCUGGUGCCGGGGGGUCACGGCCGGGUACCCGGGGGUCUCCAUCACCGAUUUCGGGGGGUCCUGGAGCAGCGGGUUGGGGUUCUGCGCCCUCCUGCACCGGCUGAGACCCCUGGAAAUCGAUUUCGACGCUCUGGACCCCCGGGACCACCGGGGCAACAACAGACGGGCCUUCGACGCCUUCGCGGCCCUGGGGGUCCCGCGGCUCCUGGACCCCUCGGACAUGGAGACCCCCGACAGCCUGGGGGUCAUGACCUUCCUCAGCCAGGUCCGAGCGCUCCUGGGGACCCCCCCGGGGACCCCCCCGGACCCCCGGAGCGGCUCCGCCGAGGGGGGGCCCCAGGAGACCCCCAAAGAGCCCCCCCCGGACCCCCGGAGUGGCUCCAUAGAGGAGGAGACACCCCCGGAAUCACCGAGUGACGUCAUCGAGGGGAGACCCCAAAUGACCCCCCCGGAGACCCCCCCGGAGCCCCGGAGUGACGUCAUCGAGGAGGGACCCCAAAUGACCCCCCCGGAGACCCCCCCGGAGCCCCGGAGUGACGUCAUCGAGGAGGGACCCCAAAUGACCCCCCCGGGGACCCCCCCGGAGCCCCAGAGCGGCUCCAGCGAGGAGGAGCCCCAGGAGCCCCCCCAGACCCCCCCCGAGACCCAAACCGGGACCCCCCCGGAACCCCAAAUCAGCGCCACCGAGGGGGGGCCACAGGAGACGCCCCCAGACCCCCCCCAACUCAGCCCCAUCGAGGAGGGGGCGCCCCCAGACCCCUCCCUGAGCCCUGUGGAUGGGGGGCUCCCCCUGGAGCCCCCCCAAUUUGGGGACAGCGAAGGGGAGCCCCCCCAGGACCCCACUGAGGGGGGGCAGCCCCCCCAGGACCCCCAACCCGGCCCCCCCCAGGAGGAGCCCCCCCAGGACCCCCCAAAGGACCCCACUGAGGGGGGGCUCCCCCAGCUCGGACCCCCCCAAGACCCCCAACUCAGCCCCCCCCAGCUCGGACGCCCCCAGGACCCCCCCCCAUCCUUUGGGGAGGGGGCGGCGGUGCCCGGGCCCCCCCCCCCGCCCGGCGCGGCCCGCGGGGGUGAGGGGGGGUCUCCCCCCGCCCCCCCCCCGCUCCAGGAGCCUCCCCCGCCUGCGGGACCCCCCCCCGAAGGUGAGAGACCCCCCCCCCGGAACCCCCCCGAGACCCCCAAGGGUGACGUCGCGACCCCCCCCGCCCCUCCCCCCUCCGGUGAGCGCUGGGGGAGGGGCGCGGGGGGGCGUGGCCUUGGGACCCCCCCCGGGGGGGGGAUUUGGGGUCACCUCCGUGUCCCCUCCCCCCCCCCAGAGACCCCAAAGGAGCCCCCCGAGGAGGAGAGCGGGGGACAGUGGGUGGUGGCCGAGUUGGUGGCCCUGGAGCAGGACCAGGCUCGAUUGGACGCUCAGGCCCCGGCGCUGGAGCGGGAACUGCGGGCGCUGAUGGACAGCGGCGCGGACCCCGCCCGCGAGGAGCGGCUGCUCCGGGACUGGUUCGCGCUGGUGCAGCAGCGGAAUUUGCUGGUGCGGCGACAGGACCAGCUGCAGCUGCUGGCGCAGGAGCGGGACCUGGAGCGGCGCUUUGAGCUGCUGAGCCGGGAACUGCGGGGGCUGCUGGGGACAGAGGAGUGGCAGAAGCCCCCGGCCCAGCGCCAGCGCGAGCAGCUCUUACUGGAGGAACUGGUGGCACUGGUGAACCGGCGGGACCGGCUCGUGCGGGACCGGCACCGCCGCGAGACCAGGGCGCAGGAGGAGGAUGAGGAGCUGGAGCGGAGCCUCGACCCCCGGCGCCGCCGCUUCGGCCGCAGGGAAACGUGCGGGAUCUGCUGAGGGACCCCCGGGACCCCCAAAACCACCCGGGACCCUCCCCGGGACCCCCAAAACCCCCCGGGACACCCCCCCGGGGCUCCCGCGGUACCCCCCAAAUCCCGGCGGAUGCGGCAAUAAAGGAGAUUUUGUGUGGAA